GACUGAGUCAGGUAGAAGAGUCGAUAAAACCACCUGAUCGAGGAAAAGGAAGGCACAGCGGAGCGCAGAGUGAGAACCACCAGCUGCCAGGUGCCCGGCCACGACCCCUGCAGCAGCGGACGGUGCGCCUGCCGCCCGGCCCCGCCGGCCCCGCCGGCCCCGCCUGGCCAUGCCCGCGCUCUGGCUGAGCUGCUGCUUCUGCUUCUCGCUGCUCCUGCCUGCUGCCCGGGCCACCUCCAGGAGAGAAGUCUGUGAUUGCAACGGGAAGUCCCGACGAUGCAUCUUUGAUCAGGAACUUCACAGGCAGACAGGAAAUGGAUUCCGUUGCCUCAACUGCAAUGACAACACUGAUGGCAUUCACUGUGAGAGGUGCAAGGAAGGAUUUUACCGACACAGAGAAAGAGACCGCUGCUUACCCUGCAAUUGUAACUCCAAAGGUUCUCUUAGCGCUCGAUGUGACAGCUCUGGACGGUGCAGCUGUAAGCCAGGUGUGACAGGAGACAGGUGUGACCGAUGUCUGCCAGGCUUCCACACACUCACGGAUGCCGGGUGCACCCAAGACCAAAGGCUCCUAGACUCCAAGUGUGACUGUGAUCCAGCUGGCAUCUCGGGGCCCUGUGACACGGGCCGCUGUGUCUGCAAGCCAGCUGUCACUGGAGAGCGCUGUGAUAGGUGUCGAGCAGGUUACUACCACCUGGAUGGGGGAAACCCUGAGGGCUGUACCCAGUGUUUUUGCUACGGGCAUUCAGCCAGCUGCCAGAGCUCGGGGGAAUACAGUGUCCAUAAAAUCGCCUCUGACUUCCAUCAAGAUGUUGAUGGCUGGAAGGCUGUCCAAAGAAAUGGGUCUCCUGCAAAGCUCCAUUGGUCACAGCGCCAUCGGGAUGUGUUUAGCUCAGCACGACAAUCAGACCCUGUCUAUUUUGUAGCCCCUGCCAAAUUUCUUGGGAAUCAACAGGUGAGCUAUGGGCAAAGCCUAUCUUUUGAGUACCGUGUGGACAGGGGAGGCAGACACCCAUCUACCCACGACGUGAUCCUGGAAGGUGCUGGUCUACGGAUCACAGCUCCCUUGAUCCCACUUGGCAAGACACUGCCUUGUGGGCUCACCAAGACUUACACAUUCAGAUUAAAUGAACAUCCAAGCAGUCAUUGGAGCCCCCAGUUGAGUUACUUUGAGUACCGAAGGUUACUGAGGAACCUGACAGCUCUGCGGAUCCGCGCUACCUAUGGAGAAUACAGCACUGGGUACCUUGACAACGUGACCCUGAUUUCAGCCCGCCCCAUCUCUGGAGCCCCAGCGCCCUGGGUCGAACAAUGUGUGUGUCCUGCUGGGUACAAGGGGCAGUUCUGCCAGGAUUGUGCUUCUGGCUACAAAAGAGAUUCAGCCCGACUGGGGCCUUUUGGCACCUGUGUUCCAUGUAACUGCCAAGGGGGAAGCACCUGCGAUCCAGAUACGGGAGACUGUUACUCAGGGGAUGAAAACCCUGACAUCGAGUGUGCCGACUGCCCCAUUGGUUUCUACAAUGAUCCGCGCGACCCCCGCAGCUGCAAGCAAUGCCCCUGUCGCAAUGGGUUCAGCUGCUCUGUGAUGCCCGAGACAGAGGACGUGGUGUGCAAUAACUGCCCCCUCGGGAUCACUGGUGCCCGCUGCGAGCUCUGUGCCGAUGGCUACUUUGGGGACCCCUUUGGGGAGUGGGGCCCAGUGAGGCCUUGUCAGCCCUGUCAGUGCAACAACAAUGUGGACCCCAGAGCCCCUGGGAACUGUGACCACCUGACGGGCAGAUGUCUCAAGUGCAUCCACAACACAGCCGGGGUUCACUGUGACCAGUGCAAAGUGGGCUACUUUGGGGACCCCUUGGCUCCCAAUCCAGUGGACAAGUGUCGAGCUUGCAACUGUAACCCAGUGGGCUCCGAGCCUGUGGAGUGUCGAAGUGAUGGCAGCUGCAUUUGCAAGCCAGGAUUUGGUGGCCUCAACUGUGAGCAUGCGGCAUUAACCAGCUGUCCCGCUUGCUAUGAUCAAGUGAAGAUUCAGAUGGGCCCGUUUGUGCAGCAGCUCCGGAGCCUGGAGGACUUGAUUUCGAAGGCUCAGGAUGGUGGUGCAGGAGCACCGAACACAGAGCUGGAAGGCAGGAUGCAGCGGGCCGAGCAGGCUCUACAGGACAUUCUGAGAGAAGCCCAGAUCUCAGAAGGGGCUAUGAGAUUACUCAAUCUCCAGUUGGCCAAGGCAAGGAACCAAGAGAAUAGCUACCGGAACCGCCUGGAUGACCUCAAGAUGACGGUGGAGAGAAUUCAGGCCCUGGGUGGUCAGUAUCAGAACCGAGUUCAGGACACUCGCAGGCUGAUCACUCAGAUGCGCCUGAACCUGGAGGAAAGCCAGUCUUCCCUACGCAACACGAACAUCCCUCCCUCUGAUCACUACGUGGGGCCAAAUGGCUUUAAAAGUCUGGCUCAGGAGGCCAUGCGAUUGGCAGACAGCCAUGUUGAGUCAGCCAGCAACAUGGAGCAACUAGCAAGGGAAACCGAAGAUUAUUCCAAAGAAGCUCUAUCGUUGGCUCACAGGGCUCUGCAGGAAGGAGGCGGAAGCGGCAGCCUGGCCGGCUCCAUGGUGCAAGGGCUUAUGGGAAAAUUGGAGAAAACCAAGUCUCUGGCCCAGCAGUUGUCCAGGGAGACCACUCAAACUGACAUUGAAGCGGACAGGUCUUACCAGGACAGUCUGCGCCUUCUCAAUUCGGUGUCUCAGCUUCAGGGAGUGAAGGAUCAGUCCUUGCAGGGAGAAGCAAAGAGGAUCAAACAAAAAGCUGAUUCUCUCUCAAGCCUGGUGACCAAACAUAUGGAUGAGUUCAAGCGUGUGCAAAGCAACCUGGGAAACUGGGAAGAAGAAACCCGGCAGCUCUUACAGAAUGGAAAGAUUGAGAUACAGAAAUCAGGUCAAUUGCUUUCCCGUGCCAACCUGGCUAAGAGCAGAGCCCAAGAAGCACUAAGUAUGGGCAAUGCCACUUUUUAUGAAGUUGAGAACAUCUUAAAGAACCUCAGAGAGUUUGACCUGCAGGUUGAAGACAGAAAAGCAGAAGCUGAAGAGGCCAUGAAGAGACUCUCCUACAUCACCCAGAAGGUUGCAGAUGCCAGCAACAAGACCAGGCAUGCGGAAGAGGCCCUGGGCGGUGCUUCUGCUGAUGCCCAGGGGGCAAAGAGCGCAGCCAGGGACGCCCUGGAGAUCACCGGCAAGAUAGAACAGGAGAUAGGAAAUCUGAACUUGGAAGCCAAUGUGACAGCAGAUGGAGCCUUGGCCAUGGAGAAGGGACUGGCCAGUCUGAAGAGUGAAAUGAGGGAAGUGGAAGGAGAACUGGCAAGGAAGGAGCAGGAGUUUGACACAGAUAAGGACGCGGUGCAGAUGGUAAUUACAGAAGCCCAAAGAGUUGAUAGCAGAGCCAGAAAUGCUGGAGUUACGAUCCAAGACACACUCAACGCACUGGACAGCAUCCUGCACCUAAUAGGCCAACCUGGCAGUGUGGAUGAAGACGGGCUCAUCUUAUUGGAGCAGAAGCUUUUCCGAGCCAAGACCCAGAUCAACAGCCAGCUGCGGCCCUUGAUGUCAGAGCUAGAAGAGAGGGCACGUCAGCAGAAGGGCCACCUCCAUAUGCUGGAGACGAGCAUAGAUGGGAUUCUGGCUGACGUGAAGAACUUGGAGAACAUCAGGGACAACCUGCCCCCCGGCUGCUACAACACUCAGGCCCUCGAGCAACAGUGAAGCUGCCGUAGAGAUUUCUCAAUGGAGGUUCUUAGGAUACCGGCCUCGGGGCUCAGGAGCCAUCUCAUGUGGGGGGGGGACGGGGACAUUAGAACACGUUGACUAGGCAUGCUCGGGUCAGCUGAACCUGAUCCCAUCCCUGAGACCUUGGCCAGAUAAACGUCUUCACGCACCAAUGUGAUACCAUUUGCUUCCUGACGCUGGGCAAUGAGGUAAAUAGCAUUGAGUAUGAGACAGAUCAAAGGACUGGACCCCAAAGGGUAGACUGGAUGGAAGGACAAACUGUACAGGCAGACGUUUGCCUCAGAAUAGUCGUAAAUUGAGUCCUGGAGUAUGGACAAAGGCUGCUGCGUUAUAUUCAGCUCAUUCUUUGCAUAAUGUGACCAAAGGAAAAAUUCUUUUGACUGUACUCACGCAUAAAAUCCUUCCUAAUGUCAGAACAGAAAGUGAAGUCCUGUCAUUACUGUGGCCAGUGACAUACCAUUGCCUCAUAGUAUCCAAUGUCUUGGUGAUCAGAGUUCCUUCCUCUUACCAUCUGGUACAUAAACACCUACUCCACUUUCAAGCUGGAAGAAGUGAACAGUGAUGGAGUAAGGGGCGUAAAGCUGGCCCAUUUGGAGCAAUGGUGCCUGCUGGGGCCCUGCUACCUUCAAGUUCUUCUGGGCCUGGGAAUUCCAUCCUUUCUCCUGAUGGUGCCAUGGCAUCAUCCUGUCAGCAUCUCCUACCAGCAAAGCAAACACUGGGAAGGUAUUUACUUUUGGGUUUCAAAGUGAUAGAAAAAUGUAGUUCGGACCUUGAAAGAAGUACAUAAUUAUCUAGCAGAUUUCUGAGUCCGAAUUCAAUCCCACUUUCAAACAUUAAAAAUUACAUCACCUAUGUGUUUUAUCUCAUUCUCUCCCUAUAGCAGACAAUGUUCCUACUCACACUUGAGCUGGGUAGAAUCCAUCCUUCCAUUCAUCCAUCCUUUCAUCCAUCCAUCCUUCCAUCCAUCCAUCCAUCCAUUUAUCCAUCCUUUCGUCACAUAUUUAUUGAGUACCUACUGUGUGCCAGGGGCUGGGGCACAGUGGUGACAUAGUCUCUGCCCUCAUGGAGUUGAUCGUCUAGUGAGGAAGACAAACAUUAUAAAAAUAAAUUUAAACUUACGAAUCUUAUUUCUCACAAGUGGUGUUUAUUGCAAUAAACCCUGGGUUUGCAACCUCUUUUCUCAACAGAAAAUGUUGCAAGAAGCUCCCAUGGGGGUACUUGGAUUUUGGCAAAGCUGAGAUGGCUUUGGGUUGUGCACAUGUCCUUGCGUUCCAGCUGUCACUCGGCUCCGUUCCACGACUAAUUGCAACAGACUUGAGUCAUGAUAACACCAGUGGGAAUUGCUGAAAAAAACAGAGGUACUUCCACCUCAGCUAGGAAGACAUAUGUGCUGCCUCACCUCUGUAUUUACUUGGCUUUUCAUGGACGUAUUUUAA